AUGCGUUUUUUACGUCGCCGGAUGUCCCCUCUGAAGCUGGUGCUCCUUGGAGGCACGCUUUUCAUGGUGGUCCUGGUGGUUCUUCAGAGGGACGUGGUCUCCUCACCUGAUAGGGACCCCUGGUUACAGGACCUGGUUCACAAAAGGGACAAGGUGAUGAUCAUGGUCCGAGAUGCAGUGAACAACAUUGGCUUCCAGAUCGGAGCUCCUCAGCCGCCACCGGUUCAGGAGCAGCCCACGCAGAACGUGAAAUGCCCUGCUGGAUUUUACACUCGGACCGAGCUCAAGCCUCACCUGGAGAGGCCACCUCAGGACUCGCAUGGCUUCGGGGCUGAUGGGAAGGCGUUUCAGAAAGAUGGCCUGACCCCUGAGGAGGAGAAGGAGAAGGAGGAGGGCAUGACGCGCCAUUGCUUUAAUCAGUUUGCCAGUGACCGCAUCUCGCUCAGCCGCAGUCUUGGCGAUGACACCAGGCCUCCAGAGUGCGUUGAAAGAAAAUUCCCUCGCUGCCCUCCUCUGCCUACCACCAGCGUCGUGAUCGUCUUCCACAAUGAGGCCUGGUCCACGCUCCUCAGGACGGUUUACAGCGUCCUGCACUCCUCUCCCGCCAUCUUGCUGAAGGAGAUCAUCUUGGUUGACGACGCCAGCACUGCAGAGCAUCUUAAGAGCAAGCUGGAGGAGUUUGUGCAGCAGCUGAAGAUUGUCCGUGUGGUCAGACAGCCGGAGAGAAAGGGCCUCAUCACAGCCAGGCUGCUGGGUGCCAGUACAGCUCAGGGUGAAAUUCUCACCUUCCUUGAUGCCCACUGUGAGUGCUUCCAUGGUUGGCUUGAGCCACUUUUGGCUCGCAUUGUUGAGGAGCCCACGGCUGUAGUUAGCCCAGAGAUCACCACCAUAGACCUCAACAACUUUCAGUUCCACAGUCCUGUGGCCACUAACCGAGCUUACAACCGAGGGAACUUCGACUGGAGCCUGACUUUUGGCUGGGAGCCGAUACCAGAAGAUGCAAAGAGGCUGCGCAAGGACGAAACCUACCCUGUAAAGACACCUACUUUUGCCGGCGGUCUUUUUGCAAUCUCAAAGAAGUACUUUGAGCAUAUUGGAACAUACGAUGACAAGAUGGAGAUCUGGGGUGGAGAAAACGUAGAGAUGUCUUUCAGGGUCUGGCAGUGUGGGGGUCAGUUAGAGAUCAUCCCGUGUUCUGUGGUGGGCCACGUUUUCCGCACCAAAAGCCCACAUACUUUCCCCAAAGGCACCGAGGUCAUCACUCGCAACCAGGUGCGCCUGGCUGAAGUCUGGAUGGAUGAUUAUAAGAAGGUCUUCUACCGUCGCAACAAUAACGCCGCAGUUAUGGCCAGAGAGAAUAAGUACGGAGACAUUUCUGAUCGUCUCAAACUGAGGGAGACGCUUCACUGUAAGAACUUCAGCUGGUACCUAAACACCAUCUACCCAGAGAUCUUCAUUCCAGACUUAAAGCCGGAAAAAUUUGGAGCACUUAAAAACUCUGGAUCCAACACCUGCCUGGAUGUUGGAGAGAAUAACCAGGGAGGUAAACCUCUGAUCAUGUACGUGUGUCACAACAUGGGAGGCAACCAGUACUUUGAGUACACGUCUCAUAAGGAGCUACGUCAUAACAUUGGUAAGCAGCUGUGUCUUCAUGCGAACGACCAACCAGAUCCAGUGAAGCUUGAGCUGUGUCAGCUGAAGGGGAAGGGUUCUUUUUUAUCCCCACAAGAAGAGUGGAUCUUUACAGAGGAAAAUCUUCUGAAGAAUCCCGCCAGUGGGAAAUGUUUACAGAUGAAAGGAGACCGGGUUGAGAUGGACCACUGUAAUCCUGCAGAUCUCCACCAGCACUGGACCUUCAGCUGACCUCCCAGUGUGCCUGUUAGGUGACCUCUGAUGCCUUGUGCUCUCCUCAUUCUCAGACUCUAGAGCUCAGAGCCAAAUCAACACUAAUCCAGGAGGGUCUGCUGCAGAGCACUGGGCUAACUGAUGACCAGUGAAAGGUGGAGGACAGAGUAAAGACAUUGACUUUUAUUUAAAAUAACCCAAGACUUGGGUUGGUCUUAAAAUUAAAAAAAAAAAAACUUAUUUAUGAAGAAAACUCAGGAAGGUAUUUUUUCAGUAGUUGGGGAUCUUUAGACAUGUGCAGACUUUGACUUUAGGAGUGGCAGCUUGGCAAAGGCAGUGUUACUGCCAUUAUCUUAACACACGUUUUACACUCCAGUAUGAACAAUUAACAUCGACGUGAAGGUUUUAUUUUUUUUAUCUGACAGUGAUUGUUGAAUUUUGA